AUGACUACAAUACAUCCGAUAUCAUCGUUCUACAGGCGUGGAGAUAAUUUUAAUUUGUCGGUGAGUCGCGAGCGUUCGAUUGUGGUAUGUCUCCACGACAAGAUGCUUUACAUGGGACUGUCGCUCAUUCGAGAGCUACGGUGUCUCGGAAAUUAUGAACUUAUUCAAGCCUAUCAUUGUGGAAAAGAAGAAUUGUCGGAUAAAUCAGUAAAACUAUUAUUUGACUUGGAUAACCGUGUGGAACUCGUUGAUGUUUGCUCUGACUUUUCAUCUCGUGGAAUUAUUUCAGCAGAGAUGGCAAAAACAUUUAAAAAUUGGUGGAUUAAACCAUUAGCAAUGUACCACACAGACGUGCGCCAUGUCAUGCUGCUGGACGUGGAUGAUAUCAUCUUAAGAGAUCCUGGGGUUGUCCGUAGCCUUGAUGGAUAUGUGCAGACAGGCACUACUUUUUUUUACGACCGAGUUAGACCUGGCAAGCGCUUUUUAACAGGCGGUGACGACGGAGAAAUGUACCUGCAUAGACUGCUGCACAAGUUUGACUACGCCAAAUUUAAUGUGUCUAAGGGAUUUAGUCCUUCCGAUCAUCUGGUCAACACUUUUGCCUUCAAGGGUAUGUCGAUUCAUGAGAUGGAUUCAUCAAUGGUGUUGAUUGACAAGAAACGAGCUGGGAAGAAAGUCAUGAAUAUCUUGUUUUGGUUUAUUACAGAAGAGCGCUUUCGCUUUAAGUACUCGUGGGGUGACAAGGAGACAUACUGGUUAGCUUUUGAGUUGGCACAAGUACCAUACUCUUUUUCGCCAUGGGGUGUCAGCGUGGUGGAUUCAAUGCCUAACGAAGACAUGAAGAACCACCCUGAUUCACUUUGCGGUAGUAUCUUGCAGUUUAUACCAGUCCAAAAUCCUGAGGCACAGACAGUAGAGAUCCUUUAUUUGAACGGCAAGGCACUGAUCGAUCCUUAUCCACAAGGCAUUCACUACGUCAACAAGGCCAAGCAAAAUAAUUUGUUCAAUCCAGUACCUACUCACAUGACGCCUCGUCAACAGCGGAGGCAAACUAACAAAACAGCCCACCCAGACAAGAAAUUUAAUACUGAAUGUCUAGUCGGGAUGGGAGCUACACGCUUACCGGCAUAUUUCUCUCAACAUUUGUUACGCCGUAGAUCUCACUUCUUUAGCCUUGCAAUGGGUGUGCUUGGCUUGUUGCAACACUGUGAGAUGUACGUGUAG